CCUCCUCUUCACUUGGGCUGUCUGUGCGUCUGCCGGAGUGUGUGUGGCGACAGAGCAGAGGGAAGGAGUGUGUGAGGGUCGUAGGGACAUGUGAUAGCUCGCUCUUGGAAGCCCGAUUGAUCUGGUGGACGUGGUUGGACGCUGCGACCAUAAUGAGGACCUGGUUUAACGUUUUACCUCUUCUGACCCUGUGGGUGGUCCACUCUGAGGCUUGGUUGUGGUCCUGGCGUGCGGCUGAUACAACAUUGGCCAACAGGUUGGAGACGGAGGGUUCUGGCAGCGUGGCGGUCAGUGGGGAGCCACCGUCUGAGAGCGGCCCCACGGUAGGAGCAGAGAUCAUUGAUGAACAUGUGAUCCAAAAGACUGGGCAGACUUGGGAUGAGACGACCGAAGCCCUUCAGCUGAUGGCUGUAGUUCCUUCAGAGGCACCAGAGACGGGACAUGGAGCAGAAACGGCUGCUGCAGGAAGGUCACCAGACAGAAGUACACCUGAAGACGACGGCGUCUCGCUGCUGCAGCUGAUCGGAGACCCUCCCCCCGAUAAGAUCCCCCAGGUGGUCGGCCCGGACAACAGCCCCGCCUACCUCUUCGGCCCGGACUCCACCACGGGCCAGCUCGCCCGCGCACACCUCCCCAACCCCUUCUACAGAGACUUUGCCCUCAUCUUCAACCUGAAGCCCACCUCAGACCACGGCGGCAUCAUCUUCUCCAUCACAGACGCCUCGCAGAAGGUCGUGCACGUCGGGGUCAAACUGUCAGCGGUGCAGGGCGCCGAGCAGGACGUGGUUUUAUACUACAGCGAGCCCGGCGCCGAGCGGUCCCACGAGGCGGCCAGGUUCCGCGUGCCUUCCAUGAAGGACACCUGGAACCGCUUUGCCGUGGCGGUGAAGGACGACAAAGUGAUGUUCCACCUCAACUGUGACGGGGAACACCGGGCGACGCGCAUCGAGAGGUCCCCGGAUGAGAUGGAGCUGGAGAACGGUGCCGGGGUGUUCGUGGGUCAAGCCGGAGGGGAACAUCCUGAGAAGUUUCAGGGAGCCAUCAGCGAGCUGAGGGUGGUGGGAGACCCCCGCGCUGCGGAGCGCCUCUGCGAGGAGGACGACGACUCGGAUAUGGCUUCAGGAGAAGGAAGUGGCUACGGAGAAACCAGACGGCCGAAGCCUUACAGGGAGAACCCGCAACACACGAAAACCGUGAUGUCUCUUCAACCCAUCCCACAGCCGCCACUGGACAGGAAAGAGGAGGAGGUAGCCUUCAGAGAGACAGGUGCAGUCGUUGCUAAAGGAGAAAAAGGCGAAAGAGGGGACAAAGGAGAGAAAGGAGACAGGGGCCCGAUGGGGCCAAAGGGAGAAGCAGGCUCCGGCUCGCAGGGCGGAACCCGUGGACUCAAGGGAGAACCUGGUGACAAAGGAGCAAAGGGCAACGCAGGCUUUGGAUAUCCUGGCACAAAGGGUGAACCGGGCCCUCAAGGACCACCAGGACCCCCUGGUCCUGCAGGGCCCGCGACAGAGUAUUCAGUCUCAAGGGACGGGUCGGUUGUUUCAAAGGUUCCUGGACCCCGAGGACCACCUGGAUCUCCAGGUCCUCAGGGACCACCAGGAGAAGAUGGCGAACCAGGCGAUCCUGGCGAAGAUGGAAAAACUGGGCCUCAGGGACCUCCAGGGUUUCCGGGAACCCCAGGUGACCCAGGACUGAAAGGAGAGAAGGGUGACCGUGGAGACGGCCAGCCCGGCCCCAGGGGACCCCCAGGGCCUCCAGGGCCCCCGGGUACCGGAUUCAGAUCUACAUUCGAGGACAUGGAGGCCUCUGGAUUCCCUGAUUUAUCCCUUCGGGCGAUUCCAGGUCCACCAGGUCCUCCUGGUCCCCCCGGUCUUCCGGGGCCCCCCUCAGACGUGAACUCUGGAGCUAUGGGACCCCCGGGAAAGGAUGGGGCACCUGGUCAACCUGGUCUGCCUGGUGUACCUGGUGCUGAUGGUCUCCCAGGAGCUCCUGGUUCUAAGGGAGAAAAGGGGGAUUCAGGCGAGCUGGGACUCCCAGGAGCAAUUGGACAAAAGGGAGCUCAAGGAGAACCUGGUUUCUCUGGACCUGCAGGAGAACCUGGACUGGCUGGUCUGCCAGGACCCAUGGGACCAGUUGGUCGUCCUGGGCCUCCAGGACCUCCAGGGCCUCCAGGACCGGGUCAUCGGGUUGGAUUUGAUGACAUGGAGGACUCCAGUGGGAUUUUCACUAACGGACUUCCUGGGAUCAGAGGACCAGAAGGAAUACAGGGUCCUCCUGGUUCUCCUGGACAACCGGGCAGACCCGGUUUGCCUGGUACACAAGGUCCGAACGGUGAGCAGGGUCCUCCAGGAAGAGACGGACAGCCAGGCCUGGACGGAUUCCCGGGGCCUCCGGGCCAAAAGGGUGACAGAGGUGACAAAGGAGAGACGGGUGAAGCCGGUCGGGAUGGAACUGGACUCCCAGGUCCACCGGGUCCGCCAGGACCACCAGGACAGAUAAUCUACCAAACACCUGACGGCGAGGCCUCUGGUUUACCUGGUAGAGCUGGAUUUCCUGGUCCUGUUGGACCGAAGGGGGACAGAGGUGACCCUGGUCCCUCAGGUUAUGGCCUGAAGGGUGAAAAAGGAGAGCCAGGCUUGAUAAUUGGACCUGAUGGAAAUGCUUUGUUUCUGGGCGGUUUAGGCGGCCCCAAGGGAGACAGGGGACCUUCAGGACCUGUUGGACCUGCUGGGCCUCAGGGGCCUCCUGGACUGAAAGGGGAAAUAGGAAUGCCUGGAAGACCUGGUCGACCAGGUGUGAAUGGAUACAAGGGUGAAAAAGGAGAGCCAGGAGGCGGUUCGGGUUACGGCUACCCAGGUGUCCCCGGUCCACCAGGACCUCCUGGACCACCAGGCCCAGCCAUUCCUCUGGAUCGCUUUAACCGCUUUGAUGAAAGUUCGAGGAGCUAUCAAGUGGUAAAAGGAGAGAAAGGAGAACGUGGAGACCGCGGACCUCCUGGGAUCCCAGGGACGGUGUCAAAUUUCGAUGUUUACACAUUUAAGAAUGAGAUGAAGGGAGAACAGGGAGAUCCAGGAGUGAAGGGAGAGAAGGGAGAGCCAGGUGGUGGAUAUUAUGACCCACGUUUUGGAGGACCACUGGGCCCUCCAGGACCUCCAGGAAACCCGGGCCUACCAGGUCCAAAGGGGGACUCUAUUGUGGGCCCUCCUGGACCCCCAGGACCUUCUGGACCACCGGGGGUUGGUUAUGAUGGACGUCCAGGUCCAGCAGGUCCACCUGGCCCUCCGGGACCUCCAGGCUCUUCUUCAUUCUCUGGAACAUACAGGCCCAAUUACCCUGUCAGUGUCCCUGGACCUCCUGGUCCCCCGGGGCCACCUGGAAGUCCUGGGUCCUCCUCUGGGGUGACGGUGUUGAGGUCGUAUGACAUCAUGAUGGCUACAGCCAGGAGGCAGCCUGAGGGCAGCCUCAUAUACAUCAUGGACAAAGCCGACCUUUACCUGAGAGUGCGGGAUGGACUCCGACAAGUCCUUCUCGGAGACUACAGAACCUUCUUUGGAGAUCUGGGCAAUGAGGUGGCAGAAGUCCAGCCUCCGCCGGUGGUUGUGUACCCCCACACCCCAGACCAGACCUCCAACAACGGAGCGGGUCAUUACUCCCAGAGCAGCGCGGUCCUCCGACCCGUCGAGCCCCCGCUGCAGCGGCCCAGCCCCCCCGUGGCUGCAGCUGAAUCAUCAGAAUCAGGACUCCACCUCGUGGCGUUGAACGCGCCUCAGACUGGAAACAUGCGAGGCAUUCGCGGCGCGGACUUCCUGUGCUUCCAGCAGGCUCGUGCUGUUGGUCUGAAGGGAACAUUCAGAGCCUUCCUGUCCUCCAAGCUCCAAGACCUCUAUACUAUCGUCCGCAGGUCGGACAGGAACGGAUUCCCUAUAAUGAACCUCAAGAACCAAGUGUUGUUCAGCAGCUGGGAGUCCAUCUUCAGCGAGGACAGCAGCAAAAUGAGGGAGAACGUGCCAUUAUACUCCUUUGAUGGUAGAGACAUCCUCAGGGACAGUGCAUGGCCAGAGAAGAUGGUCUGGCAUGGAUCGAGCGAAAAGGGCCACCGGCAAAUGGAUCAUUACUGUGAAACGUGGCGGGCGGGCGAGCGCGCUGUGACGGGCCUGGCGUCGUCCCUGCAGAGCGGCCGCCUCCUGCAGCCGACGCCCAGCAGCUGCUCCGGCUCCUACGUCGUCCUCUGCAUCGAGAACGCCUUCACGUCGCCCUCCAAAUGAUGCAUCCAUCCUCCUUUCCUGUCAUUCCCCUGUGUUCAGGGCCCUAGUUAACACAUUUUUUGUAAACUCAGCUGAUACAUUUUUUUUUUUAUCCCUCUCCUUUUAAUUUUUUAUGCUAACGCAGCUUGUAAACAUGUGGCAUCGGAUGAACUGCCCCUGAGGAGUUUCUUGCCUGGCAUCCAUAAACGCCAAAGAAACGGCUCCAACAGGAAGCCGUUGGUCAUUUUUCCCCCAGGAUAUUGGCACAUAUUUUCCUUUAAGUGCAGAACGGUGUCUUUCUCAAAAUGAAUCUUGUGUUUUUAAAUUCUGUAUAUUACAUGUUUGUUAUUUGUGGUCAUUUUUAUGUUAUCUAUGUUUGGAACGUUUCCUUUUGUCUUUAUCCAUCCUCAGCUUUUUGUUUUUCUUUCUAGGAAUUUAGCUUUUUGGAUUUUUGUUCUUCUCAGUUUCAGUCUAGAUUUGGGGUAAUGAUGGAUUGCAUCAAAUUUAUAAGGAUUAUUUUAAAAUAAGAAAAAAAUGAUAAUAGAUAUUUAUUUUUAAAUGAAGUUAUAAAACAAAAAAAUGGAACAUUAAAACUCAUUUUAUUUCCACACAACAUAAAAAGAGGCUUUGAUGAGAAGCUGUGCCUUAUCACACACCUAGGUUUGCUUACAGACAACAAUAAACCACUAAGGACUUUUCUGGUGACAUUUUUCAGAUGUUGGUAGAUUCUACUGAAUUAAAGUGACUCAUUUUGGAUAUCUAGGGGCAAUUUUCCUGUUAAAUUUGAAAAUGAUUAUUCUGAGAUAAUGAUUUUGCCCUUUUACCAACUUGUUAAGUCUUUAUAUGAGCAAAACUGGCUAAUAUUUUUCAGGAAAACCAGCCUUUUGAGGUCAGAGUUUCAUACUCUUUCACUUCCGUUUCACAGGCUGACGUAGCCUCAGUGUUUCAGACGUUUCAACUGUAUCUGUGAAUAUACUUUUUUUUUUUUUUGGAUGACAAAUUGUGCUGUACUGUUUCACCCAGGCACUGAAUUAAAGAUUUGUUCAAUUACUGUUG